AUGGUCUACAACGUGGCCAUACUUGGCACAGGAAUGUCCUGCUUUGUCUUCCACGCUCCUUUGCUAUCCUCACUGCCGGAGCACUUCAAGCUGUCGACCAUUCUUGCGCGUCGACCGGAGAGUCAAGAGGAAGUCAAGCAGCGUCUGCCAGGCGUCAAGACUGUAGCCACUCUCGAUGAAGUCUGCGCCGAUGCGUCGAUAGAUCUCGUCGUCAUCAGCACGCCGAACGAGCUGCACUUUGAGCAAGCCAAGCAAUGCUUGAACGCCGGCAAACAUAUCGUCGUCGAGAAGCCUCUCACGCCUACGGCCGUCGAGGCGGACAAGCUCAUCUCGCUUGCAAAGUCGAAAGGAUUACUCAUUGCAGUUUAUCAGAACAGGCGACUCGAUUCGGAUCUCCUCACGUUGCUCAAAGUCAUCAGGGAGGGCAGACUCGGACAGGUCACCGAUUUUGAAAGUCACUUUGAUCGCUUCAGACUCUUCAGGAAGAGCGAAAAGGUAUGGAAGGAGCAAGCCAGGCCUGGUGGCGGCCAGGUAUACGACCUCGGCUCACACCUCAUCGAUCAAUCGCUGUACCUCUUCGGCAAACCCACUUCUAUCACCGGACAGACUUAUUCUCGACGACAACUGCCCCCACUCGAGCUCGAAGACGCAUUCACAGUGACGCUCGAGUAUGGACCCAGCAAGGCGACAGGCUCGUCUUCUGCCGGACUGCCUUUGUCACGCGAAUUGCCACUCACCGUCGUUCUGAAGGGGUCUACAACAUCUCUGGGGCCCAACAUGCGAUACAUCGUCAAAGGCGACAGGGGAGAGUUCCGAAAAGCCGGUGUCGAUCCGCAAGAGGCGCAACUCAUCGCAGGCAAGACGCCUGCGAAGGAUGAUGAUCUCGGCAUUGAGGACGACAAUAUUGCAGCCGAGCUCUGGUCAAUUCCCGUCUCCUGCGACAUCACCAAACCUCCCGCGCCACAACAUGAGAAGAUCAAGAGCGAGAAAGGGCGAUAUCUCGAUUUCUACAGACACUUGCACGAUGCUCUCGAGCACAAAGACGCCUCGCGAUUGCUCGUCCAGCCUGAGGAAGCACGCGAGGUCAUACAUCUCUGCGACCUGGCACACCAGAGCGCAGCUGCCCAAAAGACUAUAGCUCUCUGA